AUAUAACCCACCACACGCGGGCGGGCGCCGCCUGCGCCAAAAGCCCCGUGCCGUCCGGCGUUCUCCUGAGGGCGCCCGUGCUAACCAUGGCCGCGCCCGCGCCGCCACCGCGCAUCCUCUCGCUUCUCCUGCUUCUCGUCGCCAUGGGGCUCGGUGCCUCGGAGGGCGGGGCGGGCGCCGACAACGACGUGCUGCGGCGGGCGCAGCGGCCGGAGUUCGCUGCGUGGAUGGCCGCCGUCAGGGGUGCCAUCCACGAGCGGCCCGAGCUGGCGUUCCAGGAGCACGAGACGAGCGCGCUGGUCAGGAGGGAGCUCGACGCGAUGGGCGUCGCGUACAGGUACCCGGUCGCCGGCACCGGCGUCGUCGCGGCCGUCGGCACCGGGGCCCCGCCGUUCGUCGCGCUGCGCGCCGACAUGGACGCGCUCCCGCUGCAGGAGGAAGUGGAGUGGGAGCACAAGAGCAAGGAGGCCAGGAAGAUGCACGCCUGCGGCCACGACGCGCACACCGCAAUGCUGCUUGGCGCCGCCAGGAUCCUCCACGAGCGCCGCCGCGAGCUGCAGGGCACGGUGAUCCUUCUUUUCCAGCCGGGCGAGGAGGUGGGCAUUGGCGCCAAGAGUAUGGUGGAGACCGGCGCCGUGGACAACGUCGAGGCCAUCUUCGGGUUCCAUGUCACUGUGAUGUUCCCCACCGGCGUGGUGGGCUCCAGACCCGGCCCCCUGCUGGCCGGCUGCGGGUUCUUCGAGGCUGUCAUCACCGGGGCGGGCGGCCACGCGGCCAACCCCCACGGCACCGUCGACCCCGUCGUGGCCGCCUGUAGCGUCGUCCUCAGCCUGCAGAGUCUCGUCUCGCGGGAGGCCGACCCGUUUGACUCCCAGGUGGUAACCGUGACGAGGUUUCGAGGCGGCGGCGCGUUCAACGUGAUCCCGGACUCCGUCACCAUCGGCGGCACGUUCCGGUGCUUCUCGAGCGAGGGCUUCAUGCAGCUGAAGCGGCGGAUCGAGGAGGUGAUCGUGGCGCAGUCCGCGGUGCACCGGUGCGCGGCCGCGGUGGACUUCAGCGCCGGCGGUAGUCCGCUGCUGCCCCCCACCGUCAACUCCGCCGCGCUGCACGAGCACUUCGUGGCCGUCGCCACGGAGACGAUCGGCGCGGGCGCCGUCCGGGGCGCGAUGGAGCCGUGCAUGGGGAGCGAGGACUUCGCGGCCUUUUCCGAGGCCGUCCCGUCCUCGCACUUCUACUUCGUCGGGACGCGGAACGAGGCGCUCGGGGCCGUGCACGACGCGCACUCGCCGCACUUCUUCGUCGACGACGCGGCGCUUCCCUACGGCGCCGCGAUGCACGCCAACCUCGCCAUGGGGUACCUGCGGCGCCGCGCAGCGUCCAGCGGGCUCAGGGACUCCCACGACGAGCUGUAGGUCUAUCGCCACGUGUCGCGACCUUCGGGUCGGCCGCUGCGCUGGCGGCGCCGGCUUCGCGCGCGCGCUCGCGCCCAAGGCAGCUCGACGAGCUCAAGAAGGCCAAUCUGAAGGCGGCGCUUGUCAUCGUCGAGCACUUGCGUCGGGAUCCGGUUCGGUAUUCAGAUAAAAAAAAAAUGUAGGGAUGCAUUGUGACUGAUCAUGCAGUCCGAUGGGCGGGUGUAAAGCUGGUGAAUCUUACGAUGUGAUUCUUGGGGGGCGCGAAUGAUGUAGAGAACCUGCCUGAUAGAGGUGCUCAUGUCUGAAUUCUGAUGCAAAGACUGAUCUGGGAAAUGAAAGCUCACCGGUGGACUCCAA